UUUAGUUUUUGUUUCACAGUGUCUGAUAUGAGGAUUCUCCUGCUGGGUAAAAGUGGAUCAGGAAAGAGUUCAACAGGAAACACCAUCCUGGGCAGAAAUGUGUUUAAAGUGUGUUUCUCUUCUGAAUCCACAACUCAACAGUGUGAGAAACAUGAGGGAAAAGUGGACGGUAGAAACAUCACAGUGAUUGACACACCUGGACUGUUUCACACAUCCAUCCCAAGUGAAGAAGAUCUGAAGGUUGAGAUUGAGAGGAGUCUGCAGAUGUCUGAUCCUGGUCCUCAUGUGAUUCUGCUGGUCAUCAAACUCGACAGAUUUACAGAGGAAGAGCAGAACACAGUGAAAUGGAUUCGGAAAAACUUUGGAGAAGAUGUUAUGAGAUUCACCAUCCCGCUGUUCACUCGAGUUGAUAAAUUGGAAAAAUCCCUAGAUGAAUUUCUGCAAGAGAGCAUCAAGAUAAAGGAACUCCUAGAUGAAUGGAAGGUGACAUAUCAUGCCUUUAAUAAUGCAGAGAAGACCGAUCGACAGGUCACUGAUCUGCUGGAGAAAAUAAAGGAUCUGAUGAAUAAAAAUAAAGGAAUGGAUGAAUACUACACUGCGGAAAUGUAUCAGAAGGCUCAGAGUAAGAUCAGAAAAGAAGAGGAAGAGAAAAAGAACCAAGAGAAAGAAAAAGAAGAUGGAGUUGUUAAAAGAACAAUUAAACAAUUCAUUUACCUGACGCCUUAA